AUGAGAGCACCGACCAAGUUGUCGCUUUGCGCACUGUUCUGUCUGGCUACCGCCCUAGCCGUCAGCGCGGAAAUCUACUUCGAAGAGAACUUCCCCGACGAUUCGUUUGAGAGCGAAUGGACGUACUCUGAACAUCCCGGCAAAGAGUUCGGCAAGUUUGUUCACAGCUCUGGUGCUUUCUACAACGAUGCUGAGGCUGACAAGGGUAUACAGACGUCACAGGACGCUCGGUUCUAUGCCUUGUCCAAGAAAUUCGCGCCGUUCAGCAAUGAAGGCAAAGACCUCGUCAUCCAGUACACGGUCAAACACGAGCAGAAUAUUGAUUGCGGUGGUGGAUACGUUAAGCUGUUCAACUGUGAUUUGGAACCAAAGAAAAUGCACGGUGAAACUCCGUACGAAAUUAUGUUCGGACCUGAUAUUUGUGGACCUGGUACAAAGAAGGUGCAUGUUAUCUUCAGCUACAAUGGCAAAAACUUAUUGAUCAAUAAAGACAUUCGUUGUCGCGAUGAUGUCUACACUCAUGUGUACACACUUAUUGUAAAGUCUGAUAAUACUUAUGAGGUAUUAAUUGACAACGAAAAGGUCGAAUCUGGUGAAUUAGAAGCCGAUUGGGACUUUUUGCCACCUAAGAAAAUCAAGGAUCCAGAAGCUAAGAAACCUGAAGAUUGGGAUGAGAAGGCUACUAUUGAUGACCCUAAUGAUGAGAAACCAGAAGAUUGGGAUAAGCCAGAACACAUUCCUGACCCAGCUGCCACUAAACCAGAAGAUUGGGACGAUGAAAUGGACGGAGAAUGGGAACCAGCAAUGAUUGAUAAUCCAGAUUUCAAGGGUGAAUGGAAACCAAAACAAAUUGAUAAUCCAAAUUACAAGGGAGUAUGGGUACAUCCAGAAAUUGACAACCCAGAAUACAAACAAGAUGAUAAACUAUACGCAAGAAAAGAAAUUUGUGCUCUUGGUUUUGACUUGUGGCAAGUAAAAUCUGGUACCAUUUUCAACAAUGUUUUGAUCACAGACGACAUUGAAGUAGCUAAAGAAAAGGCAGAUGCCAUCUGGAAAUCAAGAUAUGAGGGCGAAAAGAAAAUGAAGGAAGCAAUGGAUGAAGAAGAAAGGAAGAAAGAAGAACAAGAAGCAAAGAAAUCGGAUGAUGCUGCCCAACCUGAUGAGGAGGAUGAAGAGGAAGAUGAAGACCUUGCAUCCAAAUCUGAAGAAGCCCACGAUGAAUUGUAA